AUGUCGAAAGUGGUGUACAAAUUUAUCUUUAGUUGUUCACCAUGUGGAGAGAAUGUGGUAAUCAUUACACCUUUCUUUCUAGGUCUUUCAGCGGCCCAGCGGAAGUUUGCUCAUUCACUGAGAGACUUUAAAUUUGAGUUUAUUGGUGAUGCAGAAACUGAUGAUGAACGCUGCAUAGAUGCUUCCUUACGUGAAUUUUCAAAUUUUUUGAAGAAUCUAGAAGAACAGAGGGAAAUUAUGGCAUUAAGUGUAACUGAAACCCUGAUUAAACCCUUGGAAAAAUUCAGAAAAGAGCAACUGGGAGCUGUAAAGGAAGAAAAAAAGAAGUUUGACAAAGAGACAGAAAAGAAUUAUAGUCUAAUUGAUAAACAUUUGAACUUAUCAGCGAAAAAGAAAGACUCACAUUUACAAGAGGCAGAUAUCCAAGUGGAGCAAAACCGGCAGCACUUCUAUGAACUGUCUCUUGAAUAUGUGUGCAAGCUUCAGGAAAUCCAAGAGAGAAAGAAGUUUGAGUUUGUGGAACCUAUGCUGUCAUUUUUUCAGGGGAUGUUUACUUUCUAUCAUCAGGGCCAUGAACUUGCCAAAGACUUCAAUCACUACAAAAUGGAACUACAGAUCAACAUUCAGAAUACACGGAAUCGAUUUGAAGGAACCAGGUCAGAAGUGGAAGAGCUCAUGAACAAAAUCAGACAGAAUCCCAAGGAGCACAAACGAGCGAGCCAGUUUACAGCAGAAGGCUACCUGUACGUGCAGGAAAAAAGGCCUGCUCCAUUUGGUUCCAGCUGGGUCAAACACUACUGCAUGUAUCGGAAAACAGCCAAGAAGUUCAACAUGAUUCCGUUUGAGCACAGAUCUGGGGGGAAACUUGGGGAUGGCGAGGUGUUCUUUUUGAAAGACUGUACCAAAAGGCCGACUGACUCCAUUGACAGACGGUUUUGUUUCGACAUAGAAGCUGCUGACCGGCCUGGCCUGCCACUUGAGCCACAGGCAUCAAGCCAGGAGGAGAGGCGGCAAUGGAGAGAGAGCCUGAGCAAGAGAGAGACCUCCAUCCAUAGUUUUAAUAGAGCCAUCAUACCAAGACCUGAAGGAAGUGCACAGUUGGAUAAGAUGGGAUUCACAAUUCUCAGAAAAUGCAUCAGUGCAGUUGAAGCACGAGGUAUAAAUGACCAAGGAUUGUACAGAGUUGUGGGGGUGAGUUCAAAGGUCCAGAGACUUCUGAGUAUGUUGAUGGAUGUAAAAACAUGCAACGAGGUGGACCUGGAGAGUUCCAUAGAUUGGGAAGUGAAGACAAUAACAAGCGCCCUGAAACAGUAUUUGAGGAGUCUCCCGGAGCCUCUCAUGACCUACGAGUUACAUGGAGAUUUCAUUGUUCCAGUUAAAAGUGGCAGCCCGGAAUCUCGCGUUAAUGCAAUCCAUUUCUUGGUACACAAACUGCCAGAGAAAAAUAAAGAAAUGUUGGAUAUUUUGGUGAAACACUUAACCAAUGUUUCAAAUCACUCUAAGCAGAACCUCAUGACGGUGGCAAAUUUAGGAGUGGUUUUUGGACCGACUCUGAUGAGGCCACAGGAAGAAACUGUUGCUGCCAUCAUGGAUUUGAAGUUUCAGAAUAUCGUUGUGGAAAUCUUAAUCGAAAACCAUGAAAAGAUAUUUCGGACCCUGCCUGAUGCCACAUUCCCUGAGCCUACCUGCCUGUCAGCAUCACCCCCAAACGCUCCACCGAGGCAAUCGAAGAGACAGGGCCAGAGGACAAAGAGACCCGUGGCUGUCUAUAAUCUUUGUCUUGAGCUGGAAGAUGGUGACAGUUCCAACCCCCCUAAGGAGGACACCCCUUCCAGCAGCGUGGACUCACUGCCCUCCCCAUCUCCCACGACAGUAGCUGUGCAUGGGCUUCCUGGACCAGACAAAAAUCACCUUCUGGCGGAUGGAGGGAGCUGUGGGGACUGGGGAUCCCCCAGCCCAAGUCAGACCCGAUCCUCUAUGGUCCAGUGGCUAAACCCACAGUCUCCAACCACACCAAGCUCCGACUCGGCUGUUACACCUCCUUCACCCAGGUCGUCCCCUUUCGCCAUAGUGGACAAGCCUCCUGAAGGCAUGACCAGUCGGAAGGCUCGAGCGGUGUAUCCAUGUGAAGCAGAGCACAGCUCGGAAUUAUCUUUUGAAAUUGGAGCAAUUUUUGAGGACGUGCAAACCUCAAGGGAACCUGGCUGGCUAGAAGGGACUCUGAAUGGCAAGAGGGGGCUGAUUCCACAGAACUACGUCAAGCUGCUGUAGCCCCGGUCUUUGAGAGCCUCAUGUGACCCUGGUACCCAAGGACCUGCCUGCAGGUGGUGAGCUGUCUUCCUCCCCCUAGGCCGCACCCCCAACCCAGCCACCUCCACUCUCGGGAAUCACGGAUCACGAUGGUGGUGGGGGGCACAUGCCACACAGAACUGUGUAGAUUCACGCAUCAGGGGAAGAACAUCGGGAUUAGCAGAAUGGACUUUUCAUUUGUCAAGCAUCAGGACUUGUGACUUUUAAUUAGCCAGCCUAUAGAACGAGAGGGAGGGUGGCAGUCUCACCACCAGACCUCCUGAGCUUCCCUCUCCUCCCUGCUCCCAUGCACCUGCUGCUGAGAUUUAAAGGGAACUGUACUUCCUCACAGUGUUACAUUUUCAGGGUGCACGCUUGGCUCUGGCCACUCCUGUGUGGCGGGGCUCCUGGUGCUAGGGGGAAUGGUCUGGAGAGAGGCUGUUCCCAUGCCUGCUCCCUCCCAGACCGCCAGCCAGGGCCCCGCGUGCACUCCGCCCAGAUGGAGCACACCAGCGUAUUUAUAACAGGCUUCUCGCUCGUGCUCCUCACCUGUGUGCUGUUUUCCAAAUACCACCUUGUUUGCCUCAAGGUCUCUGUAAAUGAAAUAAAAUGUAAUUUACUAUU